AUGUCUAGACAUCGGGCAGCCAGACACCAAUACACUUUCUAUAAUGAAUGGAUUACUUCUCAUUUUUGUUACAUGUUUGCAACAGUCAUCCUUCCCCCAUCUCCUUUUAUUUUCUUACGGGUCCAUCGUCUUCAGUCACUUUCUUUCUUUUUUUUAUCUAGUUUUCUCUUUUCUAUUCUUUCUUUCCUUCUUUCUUUUUGCCUGUCUGUCUUUCUUUCUUUUAUUCUUUUUUCUUUCUUCCUUCCUUUUUUUCUUUCUUUCUUUAUUUUGUUAAUUCCUCGCUUUCUUUUUCACCAGUCUUUCACUUUCUUUCUUUCUUCUUUCUUUCUUUCUUUCUUUGAAAAUCGAUUGAGUUCUUUUUUAUUUUAUUUUGUCUUUCUUUCCUUCUUUCAUUCUUUGCAAAGACAGUUUCUUUUGUAUUCUCUUUCUUUUGCAUUUUUUUUCUUUCUUUCUUUCUUUCUUUCUUUCUUUCUUUCUUUCAAGACAGUUUCUUUCUUUCUUUUCAAAGAGAGCUACUUUUAUAUUUUCUUUCUUUUGCAUUUUCUUUUUUCUUUAUUUCUUUCUAAAUGUUUUAUUCAAUAUUUUCCUCCUUUCUUUCUCGAUAGUUUAUUUAUAUCUUCUUCUUUCUUUCUUUUUUUCUUUCUUUUUUUUCUUUCUUUCUUUCUUCUUUCUUUCUUUCUUUGCCACUUCUUCAUUAAAUUAUCUACAAACCAAGAGGGAAAUUAUGAAAUUACGAAAUGGGCUCACCGGACACGGAACGAACAAUAA